UCGCUUCGAAAAGAGGCCUCACAUACGAGUUUGGGAUUCAGUCAGCUUAAACACCUUGCACAUUAUCGGUCAGAAUGGCGAGUUCGACCGCGGCAUCAGCUGUUUGGCUUUCAGUAAGCUCGACGGCGGCAACUUGCUGUGUGCCGUCGACGAGUCCAACNACUACAGUCGCUUCGAAAAGAGGCCUCACAUACGAGUUUGGGAUUCAGUCAGCUUAAACACCUUGCACAUUAUCGGUCAGAAUGGCGAGUUCGACCGCGGCAUCAGCUGUUUGGCUUUCAGUAAGCUCGACGGCGGCAACUUGCUGUGUGCCGUCGACGAGUCCAACGACCACAUAGUCUCACUGUGGGAGUGGCAGAAGGGCUCCAAUGGCCAUCGACUGUCAGAGUCGAAGUCUACCUGUGAUGCUGUCCUGGCAAUUGAGUUCCAUCCAAUGGAGAAGUACACGCUCAUCAGCAUCGGCAAGGGUCACAUCUUCUUCUGGGACGUUGAAGGGGGCACACUGCAGAAGAAGAUUGGCAUGUUUGAGAAGCAGGAAAAGCCGAAAUACAUUCUCUGUUUGGCCUACAAUGACAUGGGCGAACUGCUCACUGGCGACUCCAACGGCAACAUUACCAUCUGGCAUCAGAGCUCAAACCGCAUCGUCCGCACAAUUCACAAUGCACACGAUGGCUCAAUCUUUGAUAUUUGCACACUUAAAGACGGCAAAGUUGUCUCGGGAGGUGGAAAAGACAAGCGAAUCAUUGAAUGGGACGCCAACAUGAAUCGCACUGGAAGGGAGGCAAAGGCAAGUGAAGGCAUGGUAUAG